AUCGGUCAACAGCAUCGCUGUAUGUUAAAAAGAGAUAGAAUUUGGGUUUCAUAUUUCAAGCAUCUAGACGAAAUUCAAGAGAAAUCGUUAACACUUAUUGUUGCGGCGUUCACUGUGACAGUUUGAUAUCUGCUAGAUUUGAUUUUAGUUUGAAUAUAUCGACGUUUCUAUAGCGCCUGUGAAAACGAGUUAACUUUUCAAAACGAUUUUAUUCAAACGUGAGCCCUUUCAUCUAUCGUUCGUUUUACUUGAUUAAAUUUCAAUUGUGUAAUUAUUGAAUUGCCAUCAAAACAUAGUGAAGUGAAUUGGGAACAACAAAAUAAUAUCGUUUUUCGUUCGUAGCACGUGUCUCAGAAUGGAUGAAGCUAUCAAAUUGAUUCGAUCGUUAUUGAUCGUCUCUAGUGGGGGUUUAUCGAUUGAUCAAAUCAAUAAAGAGUAUCGUGAAGAGGUUGGCGAAUGGAUUCCAUUCAAAAAGUUUGGCUUCAACUCAUUGGAAGAUCUUUUACGGGCAUCUGGCCAAUUUUCUGGUAAAAGAACAGCGGCUGGAACGAUUGUGACGGCAAAACUUACUAAAAAUUCGGCUCACAUAAUUGAAAUGCGGAGCAAUCAAAGUGUCAGCGCUGGCGAACGAAAACGACGCAAAAAGUUUGCAACGAAAAAAGCAAGUUUGGCGCGUCCACAAAUAAGAAGCAAUACAAUGACAUCAAGAACAAGAAACCAAACGUCAACAACAACAAGAUUGAAUUCAAUGCCACAGCGCAGACCAUUCAGUCAAAACGGAACGAAAAAUCCAACGUCAAUGGCUACUGUGUCGUAUGCACCUAUGGCUACUGUGUCGACGUCAAAUCAACAACCAAAGCAACCAACUAUUACAUCGCACAAUGAAAAAGUAUCGCAAAAUACAAACGAACAAUGUGCAACUGUUGAUAAGCCGGCUCACAAACAGUUGACAUCAAAUGAAAGUCGACCAAUUGCAAACGGAUAUCUAUCGCAAGUGGAAUCGUCAAUACCAUCAAAACCAAAGCUGAAAAUUAAUCUGCAAUCACGAUUGGCCCCAAAACAAACAGAGUCAAAAAUACCAGAUGAACUGCCGUCAUCAUAUUCAAAUGAUUUACAAUCGCCAUUAUCUCCAAAACAACUCAAUAUCCGGUUAGUAAAACCCGAAGAACAACAUCGAAGUGAUUCCGAGCCAAAAACACCCGAUGAAGAACCACCAAUACAAACGUCAAAACGGUCAACGAAAAGCUACACACCAGCAACUACACCGGCAAAAUCGCGAUUAAACCCGGAUUUAUAUGCGCGAUUGGGGCCAAAAGUACGAGAUAUUGAGCAACGCUUGGUGGAGCCAAGCUUAGCACCAAUGUCAACGUCAACGAAACCGUCUGGUGAAAUUGCUAAAAAAUUGACAUUUGAUGAACGACCGAAAACAUUGAAUUUACAUGCUCGGUUAACAGCGAAACAACCAUCACCCGUUGCAAAUGAAAUCGAAGAAUCAACAAUCUCAUCAUCAACUAUUCCACCACGAAAUAAACUUCUGAAAAUACUUCAGGAAUGUCAGAAGAAACAUGAGGCCAAAGAAGAGUCACCAGAAAAAAUAAAAAAGUCCAUCGCAAAACGCUUGGUCACUUUUGACCCGAAAACGGUCAUCAUUGGCGGCGAAAGUAUCAUUGAAAAUGGCCAACCAAAAACGGCAACACAAACAAUUGAAGAAAUGCCCAAAUUGGUAACGAAUAUACACGCACGACUGCAACCGAAACAAACUCAACAAAAUUCGGAUAUAGACCAACUAAGCGAAAAGUUGAACGGCGUCAGUCUGAUGGAAGUUGACGAUACAACCGAUUCACCGGAAAAGAAAGCGAACCUUCAUUCACGACUGCAACAAAAGCAAUUGGAAAUGGACUGGGAAGAGAUAAGCUGGACUCGUUCGGUUCGCCAAAUUGGCAGCGGAAUGCUUGUCACGAUUCAAUUUUAACAAACAAAAGCGUGUUAAGCCGACCAAAUCGAAAUUAAAUGCGAAAACAUCAUUAAAAACAAAUCAAUUUUGUUACAA